CAUCUGGCUUCGAGUCGAGGCUUUCAAUUGGGUGGGUCCCACUUCUCUCCCCCGUCCGUCUCCGUCUUCUCUUUCCCUUUUCCCUUCGCUCUCACUUCUUCUUCUUCAAUUGUCCAGUCAUCUCUCUCCUUCCUUCCUUACGUUCCAUCCUCAGCCUAAAAAACGAGCCCUUCUUCCAUCUUUCUCUCCUUCCGUUACCUAACCCCAAUCCAAAUUCAAUUCAAAUCAGACCUACAUUUCUGAUUCAUUGUUCUUCGUAUAUCUCUCUGUCUCACUUUGUCUCGCUUGCAUUGUUGAAAUCCUUGCUCGAUCAGAUCCACCCCCAGUAGUCCUGCUGUUACUGGUGUUGGGUUGUUCCGUUACUUCCAUCUGUUUUUUUGUUCUCUCGCCGGAGACCCAAUUGAAAGGAGAGCAAGGAAGAGGGUGCCGUGGUCGUUUCCCGGGUAAAUUCAUCUUACUAGCUCCCCGCCAUUUUCAUUUGUGGGCUGCUUUUAGGGUUCUUCGCCGGAGGAGAUAAAAUGAGGAAAAUGUUUUCGUUUUUUUCGCGGGAGUUUGUUGAGGUGAUGAUUAUAGUUCGACCAUUUUGGCUGUUUUCUCCAGUUUUGAUCCGGCAAUGGGAGCCGGUUCUUUUUGUGAUCUGUUGAUUUGCCUUAACCUUCAAUUCCAGGGGUUUAAAAUAGAAUCCGUCCUUGGGGCUUGAGAGGGUUUCCUUUUGUUUGAGUGGUGCUACCUGCUACUGCGUCAUAGCUAGGCCAGGGAUCAUUUUUCUAAGUUCAUUUGGGUCUGUUCUGUAUUUCAUUACAUCUUUCUUUUUCCAAAACUCUGUUUUAAGGGUGCAGUUUGCUCAUUUGAAGUAAAUGUACGGCCCUGAAGUUGUCUGCUCUUUUUAUGGGGAUUUGGAAAAAUGAUUGUCCUUUGUUCUCCAGUUUCUCUAAGCCUAAUUUUGCUGAGUCCACUGUUCUGUGGGGUGGCCAAGCUUGGGAGCAUUAUAGCUAGAGAUUCCAGUUUAAGAAUACUACUGAUUUUUGUAACUUUUCAUGAAAAGGGUUAGUCUUAAACGCAUUAGGAAAGAUGAACUAAUUGCGUGUAAUAAGAAAUAUAUCAAGGUUCAAUCAUGACUCGCAUAUAAGAUAAUCACUGCAAUGCUAUAUAUUUUAUGCGAUGGAAGGUUUAUGAUGGAAUGAUUAAAAAGGAAUAGAGUAACUUGCUUCUCCUUUUGUCUACCCAACUGGCCCCCUGCUAUCUUUAUACUUACCCCACCUUUCAAGUUUUCUUGGGUUGUUCUAAACUCUACCUCCUUUGUCUUAACCAGGGGAGAAUUGUCACUCAAGCAAAAUACUCAUGGGAAGAUUUGGAUUAUAAUAUGCUUCCAUAGGGUGUAGGAAACUGUGAAGCUUGGAAGAAGAUGGCAUUCUACUCUGAAGAGGAUAGUGCGGAUGAUUACCUGUUCAAGGUAGUAUUGAUCGGUGAUUCAGCUGUUGGGAAGUCGAAUUUGCUGGCCAGGUUUGCGAGGGAUGAAUUUUAUCCUAAUUCAAAAUCAACCAUAGGGGUCGAGUUCCAAACUCAGAAGAUCGAUAUCAAUGGUAAAGAAGUUAAAGCACAGAUCUGGGACACAGCUGGCCAGGAGCGGUUUAGAGCUGUUACAUCUGCUUAUUACAGAGGUGCUGUUGGAGCACUUGUGGUGUAUGAUAUCAGCCGACGCCAAACUUUCGAGAGCAUAGGCAGAUGGCUCAAUGAACUUCACACUCACUCUGACAUGAAUGUAGUAACGAUACUUGUGGGCAACAAAUCGGACCUCAAGGAUGCGAGAGAAGUGCCCACAGCAGAAGGGAAGGCUUUAGCAGAGGCACAAGGUUUGUUCUUCAUGGAGACUUCUGCUCUGGACUCAUCCAACGUGACAGCUGCUUUCGAGACGGUUGUGAAGGAGAUCUACAACAUAUUGAGCCGGAAAGUUAUAUCUCAGGAGCUCAAGAAACAGGAUGCCCCGGAGAUGGGGAACGGGAAGACAGUGGUUCUGCAGAGAGAUGGUGAACCAGGCGGUGAAAAUCCAGAGGGUGAGGCAGCUAAACAAGGUGGCGGCGGGUGUUGUUGAUCUUGGAGCUUUAGGUGAAGGAUUAAGGAAGUUUCUUUUGUUUGUGAUUAGAUGUUUAGCAUUUGAAUGAAGUAUAUGUGUUGCCCCCCAUCCUAGAAGCCACGUAUGAAGAAAUUAGGGUUCUUGUUGUUCUUCUCCAUUCACUUGUGUCUCCAUGUAGUUCACUUGUUCAUGUGGCCAGUUGAUUUAGAGAGAUCAGUGUUGUCUAUGGGAGUGGGCAAAAUGUAAAUGAGAUGAUUAUCUGAAGAAGGGGGUUCACAAAUGUUUAUGAAAUUCCUUUUAAGUCCUAUGGUGAUUUUGGCCCUUCUCUACUCAAUUAUAUUCAUUAAGUAGCUUCUGUUGCUUGGUUUUCUAAUUCGUGGUUGUAUAUGGGUCUUCAUAAAUUAGUACUUAAUCACUAUUCCUGUGUCAUAUUCAAUAAAUUUAAGACGGUCAUAUAGUACAAAGUAAAGUAAGAAUGAAAGAUUUCCAGUAAAAAGGAAAGAUAUUGAAAAAUAUUUUGGCAAAUUUACAUUAUUUGUGCGUCAUGUCGUGUAUUGUCUACGGAAUAAUUUUGAUUAAAUUCGAAACAGAUUACUAGUUGUGACUAAUAAAAUGCACGAUUAUAAUUUUUUAAUAUAAGAAAUUAAAUUAUCUGAUUAUUAAAUAUGUUCAUUAUUUUCUCCUUUGACAAAUGAUACUUUUUGUUCCAUUGAUUUAUGAUCAUUUUAUGUUGUCAUGAAAUUGUUUUGAUUCCAUUUUAGUGUGUGAUCUUUUGCCUAACUAGUUAAGAGAUUUGGAAAUGUCUAAUCCUCAUAGCUGAAAUGACAUCGUUUCUCACUAACGGUUGCGUUCCCUUUUCCAAAACCGUUAAGCGAUGGCGCGAAGGAACGAUGUCGUUACUUGGUAGUUAAUUACCUAUGGCCGUCAUUUCGGUUAAAACCGUCACCACUAAUAAGAGCGGAAGUCAGAGGAACGUCUUUCUUCCUUCUUUUAUAUUUCUCGCUAAACGGAGACUUACUCCGCUGGUCCAGCUUCAUCACACUUGGUCACAGCCCUUCUGCCCCCAAAUCGGCUGGCGGAGCCGUCGGCGAGGGUAGGGCAAGAAAGAAAGAAAGCUAGCUUGCCGUUCUCGAUUCCGAGGAGAACCAUCGAUUUCUCAGUCGGAAGUUCUUCAGAUCGUAAGAAAUUAGUGGUUUUGAUUCUGGGGAAAAGGGGUGAAUUUAUAGGGGACCGGAAAGGAAUGAUCUUUUCUCAUUUUCUUGGUGUUCUUCCGUUUAGGGGGGAAGAAAGCAAGCAGAAAUGGGGAGAUUGUUCAUUGAGGACGCGAAGGGAGAGAAGGUGCUCAUGUGCAAGGGCUGCAGGGUCGAUUCCGCUUCCUACGAUGACAUCCAGUCCAAGGAGUUUCAGGGUCGCUAUGGCCGCGCUUAUCUCUUCAGGAAAGUGUGAGUUCCCACCCCUGCAACUUCUCGUUCUCGUCUUUGCCUUUCUUGAUCUGGGGAUUUCGAUUGGGGUUGUGUCUCUAAGGUGUUUGAUGCAUUGUCUGUUAGAAGAGUAAAGAAACUGUGAGUUCUGAUUUGGUUGCCAAGUUGGGAUUCUUAGUGAUUGAGCCUGCAGAGUAAAGAUUAGAAGAAUUGGUCUGUUCAAUGGAGAUCUUUCUGCUAUGCUAGGAACUUUGCCCAAGAUUGGCCAACCCGUUGCGUGUGAUUAGCCACAGGAAAACAGAAAUCUCGAUGGCCUAGAAUCGAUAGAAAGAUGGCAUCUUUAGCGAUCAAGAAACCACACCACCACUACGGUAUGCAACCCCUUGUGAAGGAAACGCCUAAUAGAUUUUUAUAUAUAUAGAGGGAAAUUCGAAGGAUUCAGUUUUUUAAAGAGAUAUUUUAGUAAUUAGUUAGAAAAAGAGAUCCUUUGGAGCUCACAUGGAGAUUUUCGGGGAACUGCUUCUUGAUUCUCUUUUUGGCAGAAUGUGAAAGCUGGUGGUGUCUAUGCACGUUCCAAUGAGCUUUUUCAGGUGAUUGAUAAUGGGGAGAACGACAGAUUUGUUCCGUUGGCGGCUUUUGCAAUAGAUAAUAUCACAACUUGGUUAAUAGUACUUUCUCUUCUGCUAGACAUCGGAAUCUUGCAGUUGGUUUUGGAUUGGAUCUAGAGCUGAGCUCAAUCAUGUCCUUAGUGAAUGCACCUGACACAUACACAGAUGAAUUGUUGGCAAAAUGCAGUCGAGUUGGAUUGUGUUUAAUCAUCUAACCUUAUUGUUUUCCCAUAUCUUCUGUUUUUUAGGGUCAAUAUAGUAAUCGGAUCCAGCGAACCGCGAUUUCUUUCAAGUGGAUUUCAUGUUGUUAAUGACAUUUACUGCAGUUCUUGCAUGCAGCUAGUCGGUUGGAGAUAUGUAAGAUGAUACAGCCUCUUUUUCUUUUCCAUUUUCAUUGACAUAGACGUAGUGGAUUCUUCCACUGCAUUACUGGCAGACCUUAUUAUUCAGAUAAACACGUAGUUGCUUGCAGAUUACUAUGUGCAUAGGACAGAAUAUUAAGACAGGGCAGAGAAGAAUACUUACUUUACUUGACCGUGUUGGCAUAGUUUAAUGUCACAUGUGUACCUAAUCAUGUGUGGAUUGCCAGUAACGUUCUUCUAGCUAAGAGUUCAUUUUUAACAGAUUGUUGGUAUUGAAUAUUGAUUGACUUGUAAGUUGUAACCUUCAUCAUGUGCAUCACCAUUCAUGCUGUCUGUGAUUAUGGGACACCAAGUUGGCCCCCCAACUUGCAUUCUAGUAUAUUGAUUCAUUUCUGCUAAUCAAACAUUAAGGAAGAAACUUCCCCUCCAUGUCAAUCGUUCGUAUCCAUUCCAGUUGAAACAGCAUUGGUCUUGCAUCUUGUCUUUUCUAUAGUAACUGUAAAGUAUGAUGCUAAUCGUUCCAUUGCAUUUGCUCGAUUUACUAACUGAUUCGCUCUUUCCAACCACAAUAUGAUUUUUUUUUUUCAGGAGAUAGCUAAGGAGGAGAGCCAGAAGUACAAAGAAGGAAUGUUCAUCCUGGAAAAGGAGCGGAUGGAGAAAAAGGGUGGAUGAUGCUCAUAUGUAGUAAGCCUCAGUCACUACAUCGCCUUCAACUAGCACAAACUGUUAAUAUCAUUCUGCUUCUGCUGUCAUAUGAAACAGCCUCUUGUGAUCCAAACUUAAGUCUUAAGUGUAACUAAUUUGAGUGACGAUUACAUUCGAUACACUAUUUUUGCCAUCUAAGUAGAGGGUACUAUCAAACUAGUAGUAGAGGGGAAGCAAAUGUCAGAGCUAGGGGGCUUUCCUUUGGUAUAGUGAGUGGGAGAGGGCCAUUACUGUUGUUUUUGAAGCUGAAUUCUGAUUCAUUUUGGUUCUUUCCCUUUUAUAUUCGAUGUAAUAGACAAAGUUGGAGCCAUAGAUACCACCAAUUGUUUCUCAGAAACAGUCAGUUUUCGCAAUUAUGACUUGCUUUGGGGUAGCUGUAUGCGGAAUGUUGUCAAUUUGUUGGACCAUAGUGUCGCAUUUUGUUUCUCAAGUGGGAUGAAGAAAUGGGUAAGGUUGUAGGGUCAAAAUUCAGCAAACGUGGGUGUUCUUGUGGCUUUCAUUUAUUAUUAUAUGAAUUUGUGGGGGCAAAAUGAAAGAACAAAAAUUAAAUAAGUGGUGGUGGGGAUUUUGCUAUAUUUGGGAGGUAAAGGAGAAUCCACCCUAAUAGUAAGUUCUUGGAAAUGGAUGGUGGGGAGAAAGCUAAAUUUACUUCCAAAAGAAAGAUUGAAGGUUUUACUCAUAAAUCAGUCACUUAAGUUAUGAUUUUUUUACAGUGAAGUUUGGAAUAAUCACGGAUAAAGUGUAUCGUUGUCCAGUUUUGUAUAUUCUUUGUUCUGUCAACUCAUACAAACGUAAACAUCUAAAUAGCUAUUGCGUAGAGAAGGAAAUGAAUUAGUUAAACGACCAGUACGCUGAUUGAAAUUCGCUUAGGCUAUGAGUGUAGUUUGAGAGGAUGGUUCAUUUAACUUGAUUGGUGUCUAUGUAUCCCUUCAAUUAUUUAUAAUUUAGAUGAUUUGACACAUUACAUUAAACAAUUUGGAUGGACAAUCCAGCCGAAAUUAUUAUAGUUAGUUGUUUCAAAUUUUAUCAUUAGUAUUCCCAGAGUAAAGUGACCAUUCAUGCAAUUCUGAAUGAAUACGUGAAGAAUAUUAGGUAGGUGGGGUUGGCCACACACUUUGAUCUUAUUCAAGGAGCUAUCGAAAAGUUAUUCGGAUUCAAAAAAAAAUCACUACGAUCGGAUACCCGAGUUCAAAGUUACAUUCGUUUGAAGUUUCGGCCGAAGUUAGGAGUUGAUCGGAAAAAAAAAAUUGGACCAAA